AUGGGAUUAUUUUUAAUAGUGAGUUUCCCGGUGACCAUUGGGUAUCUAGUGUUAAUUAUAACAAGUGGAUAUUUAUUUGGAAUAGUGAAGGGUUUGGUGACAGUGGUGGUCAGUGCGAACUUUGGAGUGGCGGUAGCCCACUUUACCCUGAAGCUGCUGCGUGGUUAUCUUCCUUUGGACCGGCUUCUUAAGAACGAGACUGCUCGAGCCUUGCUCAAAGUCAUCUCUGGGCCUCAGGCGUUUAAAAUUGUCUUCUUCGCCAGGCUAACUCCUAUACCGUUUGGACUACAAAAUACAAUUUUUGCAGUGAGCGACGUUGGGGGGUGCGGGUACCACCUGGCGACGUUGCUGGGCCUGCUGCCCGCCCAGGUCAUCAACGUGUACCUCGGCUCCACGCUGCGGUCAAUACACGACGUGCUGCACGAGUCACACCUCACGGGAUACGUGGUGUUCGCGUUCCAGAUCCUGAUCGGCAUAACGCUGAUGGUGUGGGUGGUGCAGAAGGCGCGCAAGGAGCUAACCAUCGCCAUAAUGGCGGCGGAGCUGGGCCGCGACACGCUGUCCACUUCCAGCAGCUCGUCCAUCAGC